AUGGCUUCGACAACUACCAAUGAGUUGUGUAAAGAAUGCCAGAUUCUUGUUUCUAAGAUUAGUUGCGAACCCGGUCUUGCAUUAAUCGACCACCACCUUACGUUAGAAUCGCUGGAAGAAAGCUCGAAGAAAGCUUGCGGCAUAUGCAUCGAACUUAUACGCUCUCUGAAAGACGGUUUUGCCAGUGGGCCCGAUCCAUUGACGACCUUCUUUCCGAUCAGAUGCGUGGCCGAUACGUCCUCAGCGAGUUGGCAAAGCUCGUUCGAGAUGACCUUCACUUCCAAUCUACGAGACCGCGUUGACUUCAGUUUGCGCUUUGUCUUCGAAGUCGUUGAGGAUUCUGAAAGUGACCUAGUCGGAUAUACGCCCACUUAG